AUGCGUUUGUCAAUCUGUUAUUCGCAUCUGAGUAUUUGGGAAAGCACGGCUUCUGAUUCUUUCUCUUUAGCAGCUCGCACCUCUCACCACUGGAAAAAGGGUGUCGCUGUCACUUCGCUGAAAGCUGUGAAUGCUUCGUCAGGUGAGGGAAUCUGCCAAUCAUUGGCCAAGUUCACAAGAUUUUUACUCGGAUACGACAAAUUAACGAAGUCUUAUCCACCGGCACCUACCGAUGACGAGCGCUGCCAACUUCGACCUCUGAGUCAACACGAAAUAAUGUCGGAUCACAAGAUUUUCGGGACAAACUCCGUCUCUGCUCAUGUUUCAUCAGACGACGAAGAUAUUAUUCCGUUCAAGUUGCUCUUCCUUUCCGACUUGAAGAGCUAUGGCAUUAGUAGAAUGACGCUGGAUUGGGAAAAAAACGACAAGGAUAUUUGGAAUCGCACCUUAGCAGUUUUGAUUGUUAAACAUUGGCGAUAUGCCAAGUCAGAAGGUGCAUUCAGCGGAGAGUCUGUAACUCCAUCUCACAACACGGAAAAGAUAUGUAUGGGUGUAGUUCUUCGAUGGAUUCGUGGCCGCGCAAACGAUGUUCGCCAAAAUCGAGGAUCUCGAGAAAAGGUUCUCCGGAAAGAAACACUUCGUAAGAAACAGGUGCUUUUUAAAUACCGCACCGAUUCGCUGACUCGUCUUAUGAAAGCCAAGAAACUUGAGCAGAAAGCGUCCGAAAUCAUGCCUCAUCACGACUGUUGCUCUGACACGGAGUGGGAGCCAGAAGACACUCAAUAUCCCUCAGUUGGACUUAUCUGGCGCAGUCAACAAUAUGCGUCAAUACUGCAACAGAUCGACGGCCUUUCCUACAAGUACUGUGCUUCUAGUCGCGGGGUAGUCAAUGCUCACAAAAGGUUUGAUCAAUGUCGAACCAAAGCCACCCAUACUAAUCCACAUGCUGCUGUAUGUAUAGGCCUCCUCGAAAACUGUUAUGACCCAGUUUUUCUGUCUAACUUGAUGCCUGAAGAAAAGGCUGCUCUUCAUAUGAAACCUGUUACAAGUCUCUUAAACAUACUACCUCCUCUCAUUGAAGAUUCUGUUGUUUAG